CAGAGCAGAGCUCUCUGCGUUAGCUUACCACCCUCUCAGAAAGCUACCUUGAUGGAUAGAGAGGCAGAUGGAAAAGAACUAAACGAAGGUUGCAGCACAACUAAGAAUUGCACCUCCUCCUCUGUCACCAUGGAAACCACUGAACAAUCAGAGCUGCCAAUCGACUGUGAAAUGGAGGUCGCUGUGGCUGAUUCACCUGAACAGGGAAAAGAUUUCAGUACAGAAGAAGAAGUUUGUUUAGGGAGCAACUCAUCAGAUUCCCCAGGAGAAAAGGCAAUACUUGGCACAUUAUUAACUGACCUACAAACUGGAGGAAUCGACGCUGACAAAUCCGACUACUCUGAGACCAACAUUUACACCGAAAUGCCUUGUCUAGAUCAAAAUGAAGUUUCGAUAUCAGAAUCAGGGCAUGAAGAACUGAACAGAAAUGAGUCAAUCACUUCAUCUGUGUCUGACACACCCUCCAGUGCUGACAGUGUUUAUGAGAAUGAGGCCCAUCGUAAGAGACAGGACACACCAGAACAAGACCCUGAGCAAGAACAGGUCCCUGAGUUGCAGCAGUGUCCAGAGCCAGACCCCAAACCAGAGCAAUACCAUGAGAAAGAGCUAGACCCUGAACCUGAGCAAUACCCUGAGCAUGAGAACAACCUCGAUGUGGAGCAUUACCCUGAGCCUGACACCAACCUUGACAUGGAGCAUUACCCUGAGCCUGACACCGACCUUGAUGUGGGGCAAUACCCUGAGCCUGACACCGAUCUUGACGUGGUGCAAUACACUGAGCCUGACACCGACCUUGACGUGGGGCAAUACCCUGAGCCUGACACCGACCUUGACAUGGGGCAAUACCCUGAGCCUGACACCGACCUUGACAUGGGGCAAUACCCUGAGCAUGAGGACAACCUUGAAGUGGUGCAAUACCCUGAGCAUGAGGACAACCUUGAAGUGGGGCAAUACCCUGAGCCUGAGCUAGAUUGUGACCUAGAAUCAUACCCCAAUCCAGAGCAAGACCCUGAGCUAGAGUUAUACACUGAGCCAGAGGCUGAGGCUAAUGAUAAUGAGUUUAAACAAAAACAUUAUGGCUAUAAAAAUCUGCCAGUGAACACUGAAGAAGACCCAGUGGCCCAUGACAUCCUUUUAGAUCCACCCAUUACAGAGGAGUCAAUAUUGGAGCACUGCAUUAGAGAAGAGGCAAUGUCAGAUAUGUCCAAUGAAUCCUGCCAUGACCUUGACCCUGAUGAAAUGGAUGAAUGCUUGAGAGUUGAAAUUGCAGCUGCUUCCUCUGAUAGUGAGACAGAUGAAAAAUGGAGAUCAAUAUUCUCCUCUUCCAUAAAUAAAGAAGAUGAUGACUCAUAUUUGGACAGUCUUCAGCUGAGUGCCCAGGAGCUCUUUGUGCAAAAAGUUGAUGUGACGGACUUUGAAGAAGAAGACAACAUUGAAGAGGCCUGUUGUGAGGUUCCACAAGUGGAAGAAGUUCUUGAGCAACCUGAAGAUAUAAUUCCAUUUCCUGCUCCUACACAAGAGGUUAAAUAUAACCCCUUAGGCACACAAGGUCUGUCCAAAAUCUCUGAAGACGAGAGUGAAAAUGGCAGAGAUGCUAAUCACAACCACACUGCCCACCAAGAGCACAUCAAUGCUGAUCAAAACAAGAAGCUACCAAAAGACUUCUGUGUGAUACAGGAGACCAAGAGUGAGAAUGUUAGCACAGAGCAUGUGGACUUCCAACUGGCACGUAAACAGUGGCGGGAAAUGGAAGAGCACACCAAAAACAAGAUUGUUUUACCUACAGCCAAGCAGCCCAGUUUCCAUGGCAGCCACAGCUUCAUGUACACUCCAGUUCGCAACAUUGAAAGAACUCAGAAGAAAACACAUGAUCUUGAGAGCUUGAAUCUGGUUGGGGAUUAUCCUCACACCCAAUUCAGCCCCUGCUCAGAGGACUCUGGCCUGGAUGAUUCCAGUUACAGGUCUCCUUACGAUGACCCAGAAACACCAAUUGAAAGGGAGAUUCGUAUAUCAAUGGAGAGGGAGGAAAACUUCAGGAGAGAAAGGGGUCUCUCCAGGAUGGGCAAAUCAACUGAUUGUGCUCCAUCACGAAGUUUGCCCAGAUCCAUUAGCACUCCACUUACACCAUCCUUCAUCAUCACCUCUUCACCCACUAAGGAACCACUGAAACAUGAAGUAUCUGCAAAUAAUGUUAUCAUACUUGACCCCAGCAAUGAUUUUACCCCCAGCCCCAGAUACGGCAAAGACAAUGUGGUACCUCGGCCUGGUGAGUGGCGCUCUGAGGACAACAGAUCAAACCUCAUCAUCCUAGAGACAACCAAUCUGAUUAUCCGCAGUGCCUCAGACUUCUCCCUCAACAAAGCCUGUGAACAGCCUCAGGAAAAAACCUUCCUGAACAACCCUUUUUUCAAGCUGCGUUCAAGAAGUACAAUAUCAUUUGUGGAUGAAGAGAUUAAGUUAGUCAAGCAGAGGGAGGAAGAUCUGAAGAAAGAGAGAUCCAACUUGUAUGGCCAAGACAGGUUCAAUGCAGAAAGAAUGUUGUCAAAUCACAUGGACACUUUGUCAUUUGAAACGUCGGCUGAUGUACCAUUGAAGUGCAAGUCGUCUCCAUCAUCACCAAUGAAAACAGCUUACAGGAUGGAUCGGUCUGCUUUAUCCUGUGAUCACAGAUUUCCAGAAAUCUACGCAGGAGGAAGACGCAAGAGUGCCAUGGCGCUGCGCUGGGAGGCAGGGGAGUUUUCAAAAAAUGACUGAAGAGGAUCAAGUCAAAAGUUGGCCAUAUAAGGGCAUUGAAUGUCAGUGUUGUUCUCAUUCAAGUUAGAUUCAGCAUUGCAAUUGUUUGUUUCAUGUUGUGACAUAACCUAAACUCUCUGCUUUUGUGAUGCUUUGGGCAAAAAUAGGAAGAAACUAAAUCAUGUAUUAUAGACAGUUUGAAGAGGACUGAUACAUGGUCAAGGAUAGCACUUGAUUCUCGACAGCGGGUGUACAUUCUUUUUAGAAACCCACAGAGUUCUGGCAUGUCCGCACCAUAUCUGAACCAACCCUCACCUGGAAGGCUGCUGGUUUCAGCUCGUAUAGGCUACAGCUUCUUGUUAUAGAGGUUGUUGUAGUGUUUGUUAAAGAGUGACUAAAACUGUGCCAACACACACUUGCCAUUUAAACAAAAUUAUUAUUAAAACAAUACUAAUAUUUUAAAUUGUGGCAAGUGGUAUAAAUAGAAUAAUACUCGGAUCUUUGCAUGAAUUCAAAUGAUAUAGCCACAGAGACAAACCCAGGUAAUAAUGUAUCACGCAAUAAUAUUCAAUAACUGUAUGCCUCCUUGUCUUACCUAUUGACUAGAUCCAGGAGUUCAUAACUUAAAAAAAACUUUGACUGGAAGAGAAAAGAUUUGUUACUCCCUAUUGGGCUUUUAUAAGCUUAAAACAGUACUCACAGGCCAUAUGUAUAUUGAAAGAGCUGUUGGUUGGGGAAAUCAUAACGUACAGCUGAAACUGUAAAACUCUGAGGCUUCAGUAAUGUGACCCAGUGUAGGUUUCUUGUGACUAUUAUACUGUCUUCAUUGUGCCCACUCUGUGUCGGUUUUCUAGUACAGGUACAGCAGAGUACAGGUUUGAGGCCAUUCUUAAUUUAUGUUAUUUUUAUAGUUUCAAAGCAAUUAGAUGUCUGCUAUGGAGUAAUAACUAUUGUUGGGUUGAGAUGAAAUGAUAUUAAUUGAUUUUUGGGGUCACUUGAGGCAGCAGAAAAUAACUAUCAAAAAUACAUAUUGUCAUGAUAAAUGGUCUGUAUUUAUACUCAAUGCGCCAUUUACCCGUUCACACACACAUUGUCAUACAGUGCAUCUAUGUGUAACACUUUUCUCUAUGAGAUCUUGCAUCUUAUGGUUAUGAAAAAUGUGCCUGUAAAGAUUUGCCUAUUCAAUAACAUGCAAGUCACUGAAUAGUUUGGUGCUGGAGUGAAACAGAAAAGCUGUGAGCCAGCAAAUCAAAACCAAGUGCUGACAGAUGCCAUUAUCACAUACAUCUUGAUCCUAUAACUUUUAAUCAAAUCUCUAUGACUGAGGCUUUGGCCAGGAGAAGAUGUGGUAGCCUUCAACUUUCUAAUGUUCCAAUGGUUGGAAUUGUCUCUAGUUGGUGGGUCGGCAGUGAUGGCCAGUCAAUGCCUGCCUCUACUUUAGAUACAUCACUAAUAACAAACCUACCUUGUAACUUCAGACUCCAGAAGUAUCUAUCUGCUGCAGCUUAGCCACAAAACUAGAGAUUAGCCUACAACAAAAAAUGGAUUUUGAAUCCCAUGACCAGUAUGUUCACAGGGAAUGAUUACAGAAACCACAAACUCUUUCAGUAUAAUAUGACAUGUGGCUAUUGUCUUAAUACUCACUUGAAGAAGAAUCUUUAUAUAAAAGAUUAUUAUUAUUUUCCUGACAGUAAACUGAACGUUUUUGCCAGAUGGAUGUUUUGCUAAGAUGCCUAAAUGUUAGACUACUGUAUUGUUGAGUCCAAUCUUUGCUUAACCUUUCUGGACAUUAUCAAUGUAAAUCAGAUUUGAAAACAUAUUUUGAUGUUAUUGUAUGUCUUGAUAAAAACAAAAGCUACAUUGCUCAGUGUAAAUUAAUUGCAUUUUGGUACAUGUUUUUGCUGCAAAUGAUAUUUCAGGGUGAGCUGGAUGAACAAAAUACACAAAACAUACCCAUACCUUUACUCACACAAAUAAUACAGUGAAUGUUUUAGUGAGAAUAAAUAUAAAUAUGCAUUUCAGUUUUGUCACUUCCUCACACUACCUGUGUCUAUUUACGACCAUUUGAAUAGUCUACCUGUACAAGCUCCACAUUACUCUGUGUGACGUAGGACAAUCCAAUAUGCACUGGUAUUUGUGACAGUGCUGCCACUGCACUCAGUCGAGAACCAAUGAGACUUUACCGAAUGUUGACUCCGAUUAUCUGAAAUGCUCUGGAAAUUUAACUUAAUAAAACACAUAAAUGUAUUUU